CGAACGAACGAACGACCGUUUGCGUUUGUGUGUUGUGAGUUAGCGUUGCCCUCAUCGAUGGUCGCGUGAGGUGUGAAAGAUUUUGAGUCUUCACUGCUUAAGACAGGAGCCAAGUAGUCCAGUGUCCGGUGGAUUAUGUAGAAGAUUCCUCUCCGCGAUUGAAUAUGAUGGAAAUCGUGUGAUUCCUCUUUUACAUAUCGACGAAACCAGGCAUUCAUAAAACCUUGACUCGAGAAUCUCAAACAACUACAUGAUGAUAAGACGCAAAUGGCAGCGUGUUGGAAAGACCAGGAAGUUCGUUCAGGUGAUGGAAGUGCCUCCUUGGGAGCAGGAUUUUGCUCACGAUACCAUUCGCAUCAACCCUGAGGAGGAGAAGCUGAAGAGAACGGCCGAGGCGAUCCGACUCAGGCAGGCAGGGUUCGUCAGGAGGACCAAGACGCCCAACCUGGUUAUUAACCAUGAGCUUCUCAAAGGAAAAGUGAUUUACGUUGACAGUCAGCUCGUUAAAAGUGAGAACAAAGAAAAUUUUCUCAGUCGGAAGGAGAUAACAGAAGGCAUCGUGAGUCAGUUGGAGAAAAUGGGAGCAACAAUUAGCAGCUCCUUGACAAAAAAUGUGAAUUACAUUCUCUUUAUGAAUGGGAGGUACAGCACGUAUCAGUUUUCUCAAAAGCAUUCCAUCCCCAUGGUGUCGAGCGGGUGGAUCGAGGAUUGUAAGAAGCAAAACGCCAUCGCCUCCCAUGUGGAAUUCGCGGCCCAUGUUCCUGACAACUUCCGCAACCCGUUGGCACCAAGGAAGUACAAGAGAACUUACACUGUCGAUCAUUUGGAGAUGUUGAGUGAGAAGAGGAAAAAGAGACAAAAGACUGCUGAUGCUUCCAAAAAGCCUACCAACGAAAGAACUGUUAACUCUAAGAAGACUGAAAAGACUGAUGCCAAGAAAGCCUUAAUCAAAGAAAAAGAAAAGUCCUCCGCGACCAGCGUCCCUAGGAAAAUAGGCAGACCAAAGAGAGAGAGAAAGGAAGAGAAAAAAGAAGAGACUGUCGCUCCCCCGGCAAUGAAAAUCCCAGCACGAAGGCCUCGUACCAGAAGCAUAACCAAGGCAGACGCUGAAUGUGAGAGUCUGCCGCCAUCCGCAUUCAAACCGCGCCCCAAGUACAUCGCCGUCACUGGCUUGAACGCUGAGCAGCAUGCCCUGGUGACCAAAGCAGUCGAGACGCUGAAGGCCAGCUACCUCUUCAGCAGCGCGGCCAACCAGAAAGCAACCCAUCUCGUCUGGGGCGGAGGCAGGACCAACGACAUGCUCAAGGGAAUCGCCUAUGGUUGCAGGAUUGUUUCCUUUAGCUGGAUAGAAGAGUCUAUCAAAAAUGGUGCUUGGGUACCAAUCGGCCAGCAGUUCGUUCCUGAGCAGUACGCCUACAUUGACUGCUUGAGUAGACUUUGGGAACGCUGCGCGAUUCGGUUCCGGGAUAAAAAAGAGGGAACAUAUUUCCUGAAAGACCUCUUGCGAAGGCAAUUUGUGCCUCGAAUUUUGACACGUCCUAUACCAACUGAGAUAUUAGAGGCCAUUACCGGAGUCAAUAUUUAACAAAGAGAUGAGCCCUCUACAAAAGUUCCGCAAUAUUCGCUUAUGUACUUGUUCAGGUAUAUGAUACCUGUAUUCCAAAACUAACUACAUAAAAAACAUAAAAUCCACCAAAAGUGUUUGUUUUUACUCAAACCCAUCGAUUUAAGUUAGAAGGAGGAAAGAUUAUACAAAAAUUGUAAGUAGCGGAUUUGGGAGAUAAGGAGUGGUUACACUUAAAAAUUAUGUCUUUGGAAAAUUAAGUCUAAUCAUAGGAGAAUUGACGCCUGUUCCGUAAUUUGGAACACUACACAUUUUGCAUUUGCUUACCAUCCGGAUUUUUCACCACUGUUUUUUUAAACGAUUUUUACCACUCAAUUUUUACAAAUGUCUUGCGCAAAAAAUGAGUUUAUUCAAUAUUUCCCCUGUACAAAUCUAAAAUUUGCGGUCGGAGUGUGUUUUAUAAAGGUGUUUUGCGCAGAUACUUAAAAAAGUUUCAUGAACUAAUCAAACAGUUGGUCCUGACUGAUUGACAAUCGAAUCUCGCGCGUUGAAUUCACGCGAGAUUCGUUUCUAAAAUGUUCCUUUAAGACCAUACAACUGUGUAUCAUGAAAUCCGAUUUUUUUUCAAAACCAAGAGUUUCCCAAAUAAGUGGCAUACAUCGUUGGACAGAUCUCGAUGAGAGGAAUCGGAAUAUGCCAAGGAAAUAAUUAUGUUCAAUUACUGUACAUUUGGAGAAAUUUGGCAAAAUUUGAAUUUUUGGUGUAUGAAGGUCCUUAUAUUUACUAUUGCAAAUUGUUGAACAAAUUGUAAAUCGAUCAAUUGUUUAUGGCAUCCAACAAAUUAAAUACUUUACAAUUGUUGCCCAUUAUCAUUCCACUUUAAUUUCUUGAAACAAGGAAAAUUCAGUUUGGUUGUAAAGUAACCCAAUACAUAAAAUGUAAUUACGGCAAUCAAAAUAAUUAUUUCCAAUUUUGAAUCGCAACGCUAAUAAAAUAAUCAAUU